CGCCAUUUCAGGGUGUGGGACAGACCUGGGAGUUAUAUGCUGUGAACUUUUAAAAAGGUAAAAAGUAAACUUAAUUGUUUUGGUAAGAAUUACAACAUAAAGAUACUUUUACAUUGGGCUCAGUCUCAAUAUUUGUCUAUAUUAGCAGCAGCAUUUCCAGAAACCAUGGCUGAGAAAUUUGAGAGUUUCCUGAACUGUCACGUCUGCUCUGAGACUUUCAGAGAUCCUGUGUCUCUGGGCUGCCACCACAGCUUCUGCUCCAGCUGUCUGACUAAGUUCUGGGAUCAGGCUAAAAACAAGAACUGUCCAGUCUGUAAGAGAAAAUCCUCUAAAGAGAUUCCAGGUAUCAACUUUUCUUUGAAAGAUUUAGCUGACUCAUUUGCUGGGAGACAGAAAGCAGGAUCGUCUGAAGAGAGGAGAGGAGAGGAGGAGGUGGAGGUGUGUAGCAAACACUCAGAGGAGUCUAAGACAGUGGCUGGUGUCGUCAGAGAGUCUGAGGUGCUUUGCAGUCUGCACAGUGAGAAGAUCCGGCUGUUCUGUCAGGAGGACAAAGAACCCGUCUGCUUGGUGUGUCAGACCUCCAGAAAACACAGAUCUCACACCUGUGUCCCAGUAGACGAAGCUGCCCAGGAUCACAGGGAAGAAAUUCAGACUGCCCUGAAGCCCUUAGAAAAGAAUCUGGAGGACUGUAAUAAAGUUAAACUAACUUGUGAAAAGAUUGCAGAACACAUUGAGACCCAGACAGUAAACACAGAGAAGCAGAUAAAGGAGAAGUUCAACAAGCUUCACCAGUUUCUACAUGAGGAAGAACAGGCCAGGACUGCAGCUCUGAGGAGAGAGGGCAAAGAGAAGAGUGAGACAAUGAAAGAAAAGAUUGAGGGAAUAAACAGAGAGAUGGCCUCACUUUCAGACACAAUUGAAGCCAUAAAGCAGGAGCUAAAUGCAGACGAUGUGUCAUUCCUGCAGCGCUUCAGAAUCACAGAGAAGAAAGCCCAGGUCACACUGCCGGAUCCACAGCUGGUCUCAGGAGCGCUGAUAGACGAGGCCAAACACCUCGGCAACCUGACCUUCAGAGUGUGGGAGAAGAUGAGGGGGGUGGUCAGCUUCACUCCUGUCAUUCUGGACCCCAACACUGCACAUACCUGUUUCUCUCUGUCUGAUGAUCUGACCAGUGUUAGACAGUCAGGCUCAAAGCAGCAGCUCCCUGACAACCCAGAGAGGAACACCAAGUACUCCACUGUUCUGGGUUCUGAGGGGUUCAGCUCAGGGAAGCACAGCUGGGAGGUGGAGGUGGGGGACCAUCCUGACUGGAAUAUAGGUGUGGCCAGAGAGUCAGUAGACAGGAAGGGAGAGAUAAAUGCAUCCCCAGAGGAUGGAUUCUGGUGUCUACUUCUGAGGGGUGGUAAGUACAUUGAUGGUCUGGGUAACACUCUCCCUCUGAAGAGGAGACUCCAGAGGAUCAGAGUUCAGCUGGACUGGGACAGGGGGGAGGUGUCCUUCUACGACCCUGAAGACAUGACUCACAUCGACACUUAUAAAGACUCCUUCACUGAGAAACUCUACCCAUACUUCUCUAUUGGAGAAGGUGGUGAUGCCAAACACCCUGACGUAAAGAUCUGCCAAUCAAGCGUCUAG